GGAACCCUGCUCCUAGUAAGGGUGAGAGAGCUGAAAGCAUAGACUAAGCCCAGCCCCACCCCCGGAGGGAAGGAGGGAGGGUAGGGAAGCUGGCAUGCAGGGGAGUGGGACUGGAACGCACUCAUCCCUAGCACUGGGCAAGAGAGCUGUGGGGGAAGCUGGGAAGAAGUCAAACCAAGGCACUUCACAGCCCCCAGCUGAGUCACCAGAGUGCAUAAAACAAGCACAAGGCAAUCAGAGCAGGCAGACGGGAGACACACGGCAUCAGCACUCCAGGACAGAUUUUGUGAUUUAAUUGAGCCACAUUGAAGCAGAAGGAUGUUUUCUCUCCUGCUCACCCUCUCUCUGCUGGUACUGAUGGUGGCAUCCAGCCCCACAAAAAGAGCAGAAUCUCUGACGCUGGGAGAUUUUAUGAACAUUUUCCUACUGGCCGAGGAAAGCUCAUGGAAGACUGUAAAUCUUAGUAGCAUGUCCUGCGAGGAUACGAGGAACAACACAUGGACCAUCUUGCAUCUGACCAACCACAGCUUGAGCUCCUUUCCUGCCUGCUUGCCUGAGGUGGUGGAGACCCUAGACCUCAGCACCAACUUCCUGAGCAUGCUGAAUGGCACAGAGAUAGUGAACUUGCCAAAUCUGCGUAUCCUCUCUCUGAGGCAGAACAACAUUGAAGAAGUCAUAUGGGGAAGUGAAGCCCUCAGCAGUCUCCGAAUCCUGGACCUAAGUUUGAAUAAGUUGUCAUCUGUGCCUUCAUGCCAGGGCUCCUAUCUGCCAAACCUAAAGUGGCUAUCACUGGCUGGAAACCCCAUCACUCAAAUCCAGCCAUGGGCUUUCUCCUGUUACCCACAACUGAAGUUCCUGAACUUGUCUGUCACUCUGCUAGGGCAAGACACUGGUGGAGGGAUUAGAGAGUCCGCCUUUGCCAUGAGGAUGCUACCAGGGGACACCAGCAGAAGGCCAGACAAUACCAUCCAUGUGCUUGAUCUGAGUGGGACCUCUCUGGAAAGAUUACAACAGGAAUGGACUCAAGACCUGCCCAACCUUAGGUCCCUCCAUCUUACCAGGAUGACCCGGUUGAGAAGCCUUGAUACAGAUCUCUUCAAGUCUAUGCCAAGUCUGAGAGAAUUGAACUGCCAGGACUCCCACAUGCUGAGUUCAGUGAGGACAAAGAUAUUUGAAGACGCUCCACACCUGAGGUUCCUCAUAUUCCAAAACUGUAACCUGAGUUCUUUUGAUCCCUGGAAUACCAGUUCAUCAGAGAGCAUUGUCAUCAACCUGUCUGGAAAUCCUCUGCAGUGCAACUGUAAGCUUUCAUGGCUGCUCUCUGAUCCUGCAAGUAUUGUUCUGGAAAGGAGAGCAAAUACAACUUGCAACACAGCCCCAGGAGACAGAGAUACGCCAUCAUCAUCUCUGUCACUGUUACUGCUCUAUGAUGAGUGCCAGUCGAGGAGAAAUGACACGCUCCUAGAGUCAGUAACUCCUUUUCACAAAGACAGCCCUUUGCACUUCACUAUUAAUAACCCUACCAGUGCAGCAAUGCUGACAGACCCAUCUCUGGUCCCCUUAGAUGUGGUGAGUGAUGCCAUUAUAUCACAAAGCACAGUUGGCGUGACAGGGAUGGAGCUAAUGAAGGAGAAGCCCACACAUGGCAUCCAUCCUCUUUACAGGGAGGAAACAUUUUCCAAAUCUGUUGACAGCCCUUCUACUGUAGCACCAGAAGCUACCUCUUCAGACAUCCUGGAGGAGCUUUCUAGUAAUUCCUUUAUGGAGCACAACACCGUGAGUACAACUCAAGCAGAUCAAUUGAAGGAAAAUGCCACAGUAGCCAUUAACCUUUUCCACGAGGUAAAACUUCAUCAAUUUACUAAUGACCCUUCUACUGAUGUGAGAGUUACAGACUCUCCGAUGUUGCUCAGUGAACUUUCAAAAUACUCCUUAACUCCACAGAAUACCAUAAACACAUCUCCAACAGACCAACUGCAGCAAGGCUCUUUCAAGGCAAAAUCUAACCCAGAUCCUACACAAGCUGAAAUACCAAUACGCUAUGUAGAGGACUAUGAAUAUGAAGAUGAAGAAAAGGAGGCUGCAACUCAACCAGCACAUGUCCUUUGUGACUACAAUCCUUGCAAACACCUCCAGAAACCAUGCUCUGAACUUCAAACCUUGUCUUCAUGUCUGUGUCCUGGAGUGUCUGGAGAAGACACUGUCCCUGAUUCCCCAAGGCUCAGAGAGGUGUCUGAAAUUACAGACACCUCAGCCCUGAUCCACUGGUGUGCUCCAAAUUCAGUUGUAAAUAGCUACCAGCUAGUAUUCCAUGCUGAAGGUAGUGAGGAAGGCCAGAUAUCCUUCAAUGAGAUUUACACCACUGCGAGGCAGCACACACUGUAUAAGCUGUCACCAGACACCACCUACCAGGUCUGUGUGAUUGCUUUGAACAAAGCAGGAGCUAGCCAGAGAGAGAAGAGGGUCUUAAGCAAUCCAUGCACCCAAUUUAAAACAAAGCCCAGUUACAAAACCAUCCUGGCUGCCUUGUCUGCAACAAGCGGGCUUUUUCUCCUUACCACCAUCAUACUGUCUGCGUGCCUCUGUAAGAAAUGCAGAAAGCCUCAAGCUGAGCAAUAUGGCACACACCUCGUCUCCUACAAAAACCCAGCAUUUGAUUACCCCUUGAAACUGCAAACAUACAAUUAGCCCCAAGCUCCUUUGUUGACAACUUUUGUAGUAAAAUACCUUAUAACAGCACAUCUCUAAUUGGUAUCCAAUUGCCCCCUGGGGUUUAUUUUUUUUCAUAGGGCAGAUUUAACUCCUGCUGUAAGGCCACUGGCAUUAAGUGGAUUAGACCAGGGACACUAAGUGGAUCUCAAUGCUUUAGCUUUGUUGUGAGAGACCCCCACCUAGCCUCUUGUUUCCCAGGUCUCCACUUUUCUUCCAUUUCCAAACAGCAGCUGUGUUUUGAGUGGUUUCUUAUUUUGUAGUCAUAUGUAAUUAUUCGCCUGGGUCCUGAAAACCCAGCAGCGAUUUUAAAACAGUGUGUGUGGUGAGGGGCAGCAAUUAGAGUAGCUUAGGAGGUAGAUGCACAGUCCUAUGGUUCUUUGAAGUGGGUGCUUAUUUAACCUAGUCUAAGAUGGCAUUGAAGUGCCCAGAAAAAAAAGCCUUGAUAGGAAUAACCCCCAGCAUCCAUAGAAUACCUUUCAUCUGCAGCUAUCAAAGAGACCUUUGACAAAGAGGUAGAUAGACUGAAGACUAGGAUGGACAAUUACGAUCAUUUUGUCUGACUUCAUCAGAGAGAUGAUAACAGAUUCCACAGAGUGAAAUGUUUCAAGACCUGUAAAUGCCAAAGAGAAACAACAUCCAACCUUGUCACGUUCAUCCCCAGAUUUUUGUGGAAAAAAUAAGA